CAACUCACAAAAUUACGCUCGUUUGGCUUCACCCUUAUACUUAAAGGUCGUCGUGUGUCCAAGAAAGAAAAUCAACAAAUAUUUUUGUGUCUAAGUAAAAAGUUAAUAGAUGUAGGUCACAUCGGAUUUUCCGUUCGAAUUGGAGCACCCGUCUGGGGAAGCAACCUCCAACUUACAGAAGACCACAGAAAAAUAACACUACCUUUUAGGGUUCCGCGGGGUAGGGUAAAAAUCAGUUCAACCCAGCAAGGUGAGGAUGGUUCGAGCGGCACACCUGCCGCGUCAGCUAUCUUCACGACUGAGUCCAUUUACACUCAACAACAGGCGGGGCAGAGUAAUUUGUUUCCUCUCUUAUAUAAAAAAUAUAAAAUAUAUAUAUAAUACAUUACGCCUCAUCUUUGUUUUUUCACAGAACAAAAAUCAAGAUGUGUCGGACGGUGCACGCGUUAUUGCAGACCGUAAUAUGCGGCAUCCAGAUGUUGGUGAGGGUCUUCAUGACCAUCAUCCUCAUGAUAGAGAACGUCAUACGAAUGGUGCUGCAAACGAUGUACAACUUCAUAUCCUUCAUGAUGCAAAUGAUAUCGUUGAUACCCAUCUGCUUGGUGUUCCUGCUCACGGCACGUCUGAAAUGUUUCAUGUGCGGCGGCGGCGGUGCUUGCCCCGUCGCGAGAGGCGGGACUUGCGACUGUCUCAUGUCCUUUAUCGCCAUCGUCAUCCUGUUCUUCAUUUUCCGUGCCACGGGAGUUCUAGACAAAAUCUUCUACAGCAUAGGCUACACGAAAGCUAGGCCGCAAGCGGUCAAAUUCGUCCCCACGCCAGGAGAUAUCACGGAAUGCUCGAGGAACGACACGGAAACUACGGAGGAGUACGAGAUCAGCACUACCGAGACCACGACCACUGGGCCGACCGAGGAGAUCCUCUAUUACGACAGUGACGACGAGAGUACGUCGACGACGGACGACCAUUAUUGGCAUUAUUACACGUUGCUGGGAGAGGAUACGACUACGAUGUCAAACAGCACUACCAAACAGAGCCCCGCGCCUCGAAUGAGAGCGGGUGCACGCCGGCGUUUGCGUAGGCCGAAGAAAAUGUCGACUAGGAAAUGGACCACCGUGGUCUACUAUUUAGUGUGAAUAUCCAAUGUUCUUGGGUUUUUUACGAAAAUCGAUUACUGUGUGUUUUGUUUGAUGUGAAUGUCUGUCAUUUGCUAGUCGUGAAUUUUGAAAUUCUUAAUAUAUUAACAUUUUUGCCAUUUGUGCUUUUAUUACCCGACUGCGCAAUGCAAGAGCGCUAAGCUUGACGCGCAGUCAGAAGUUAUAGUGUUUAGCAUUCGAUAUUUUAUUAUAACAUGUUCGUUGUACUGUCGACACCAUACUAGAGGGUUUAUUAUUAUAACAAUAAUCGCCCGAAGAUAACUAUUUUCCUAGUAAUCGAGUAGUUUUCCCAGUUGUCCUACUGGUAUUUUCCUGUCCAGAAGUUAUUUAAUCUAAAAAAACGGACAAGUGCGAGUCGGUACUCUCUCACCGAGGGUUCCAUACAAAUAUGCGUUUGUUGGCCGUAGUACAGUUUGGAUCAUUCUAUGGUUCAAUAGACCGAUUGACUGGCCCAUGGUUGAAAUUAUUCCUAAGCGCUAUACAGUUUCUUUAUAUUUAUAUUUAAGUUACACAUGCAGGCUUACAGAAAAGACCAAAACGCGAGCAAGUCAUACAUAAAAACAUUUACAUUCAUAGAAGGUAUUCUCAUUCAAUAGGGUAUUUGACAAGUUUUAGAAAACGAUCUCACGUUAUUGACUAAUGUUUAUGGACUCCGUAAAAGUGGAUAUUUAUCAUUCUGUUGUAUAUUUAAGUAAAAAUAACCAAAUCAAAAACUCCAUUUUCUAGUUACCGCGAAAACAUUUCUCUGGACAAAACGGCUUCUUACUAGUGUGUGACGUCACACGACUGUUAUUAAAACGUCAAACGAUACAAUGUAAUGUCACUUUAACCGGAAGUUUACUUGCGUGUGACGUCAUUUUAGACUCCGCCAAUCAAAAGCGUUUUGGGUCACGUGACAAUACGAGUAGAUAAGAAGACUAUUACCUUUUUCGUUAGAUUUUAGUAAAAUUAUGAAUAUUUUUUUUGUAAAAAUAGUAAAAACCCCUGCCAAUAUUCAUUCUAAACACAGAUGCUAACAAUUGUCACUUUGUUUUUAACACUGACAAAUACCCUAUUCAAUAAAAUUAAGAAAAACAAAAAAGAUAACAAAAAGAAACAGUUAUGUCUAAUAGAUAAGUAAUAUCAAAUAGUAAUAGAAACAAAGUCAAAUCGCUCAUUGUAAAAAUAUUAUAAGUUAAUAUUAUAAUAAAAUAAAUGAUUAUUUCAAAUCAAUAAAACAAUAAUAUCAUAUCUGAUGUCAACUGAGAACAAAUAAUGUCAAAUAUGCCAAUGAAUAAAUAAUGUCAUACCAUUUUAAUUAUAAAUAAAUACAUUGUGAAAAUGAAAAAAUGAAUGAAAAAAUGAAAAAAUGUUUAUUACUUACAUAAAGAAUGUUACAAUAAUAGGAGUUGGAUUCCCCUUUUAAGUGUAAGAACACUUGUGCCAGGGAAAGCCAUUCUCACAUAGCUUGAAGUGGUUAUGUAAAAUACAGCCAGUGCAGAAUAAGAACAUACAAACAAUACAUAUGCUAAUAGUAAGUCGUACAUGUUUACUACAAUUAUGUGUACUUGCAAACUGUUUAUCCUAUUCAGUGUGGUAAAGUUGAAACUACUUAAUUAUUAAGCUUUCAGUAUCCUCAUAACUAAGAGUUGUCAGCCAGUCGGUAAGCAGUUGCUUGUUUUCGAAAUUUGUCUUUAAAUAAAUGUUCAGAAUCUUGUUUACGGAGUUAUAAAGGUGAGAUGAUCGAUUUUUG